AUGUUUUGUACUGUGUUGUCUUGGGACGAGAUCAAAGUUGAUGGUACUAAAGGCUACUUGGUCAUAUGCAUUACACUAACUUUGUUGGUGUUCAAGUUAAGGAAUAUAGUUUCAACUUUCAAAGGCGUUAUUCCAAACUCUCGUUUCCAAACACCACAUGUGCAAUUUGUGACUUUAUGGCUUGUGGUUGAAGUGAAUCCCAAGGUGAGAGUAAGAUCACCAGAGGAAGAAGAAGAAUGUGUUUAUCCAGAAAACGACAAUGGAUCUUGGAUGCUUUCAAAGUUCAUCGAGUUACUAUACUUUGAAGAAAAAGAGAAGAACGAGAGGGAAUGUGCAGCCUCAGUUUCGAAAAGCACUAGGGUUUGUCCUCAGCAUGUAACAAUGAGAUCCACCCCUUCAACUAAAGGAGGAGUAUGGAAGAGUGUGAAGAGAGUUGGUGAAAGUCCAAAAGAAAAUGCAAGAGCUUCUUGUGUUAUACGGCCACGUGCAGUGUUAUCUAGUCCUGAAAAUGAUGGAUUAAUUGGAAGCAUGAAUGAGUUGAAGAACAGUACAAGAUCAGGUAGAAAGGAAGAUGGAAGAGGGAAGAAGGGAGGAAAAUAUUUGGAGAGGGAGGAAUGUGAGGCAUUCAACAAAGGCAAAGCUCCUUUAAAAGCAAAAGUUCACUUUAGAAACCUUUGAUGUUAAGAAGAGGUGUAAGUGAAAGCACUGACAUCAAAGAACUUUCAUUGAGUUUGGCUUUUAUGAAUACAAUUUCAAAAUAGUGACCCUUAUAAAACUGAGAUUUGGUGCAUUAUGCCAA